CGUCGUUUCUCAGCGGUUUUCCGUUAUUUAUUUUCCGUUAUUUUCCGUUACCGCCGCGCGGGCCUGCGCCUCUGGCGCUUUCGCUGCGCCCCUCUGAGCAGGGUCCGGCCCCGACGUCUCUGUAACCGCUUUGGGCAGCGGCAGAUGCAGCUAGGCUGCUCUGUGCCUCCUCGUCUCCGGGCCGGAGAUCCUUUUGCGGCGCGCCGCAGCACAGGGGCCCCUGCUGCCGCCGGUGUUUUUUGGCAGUCGCGGUGAUAGGAUGCCCUGUGCUUUCAUCCCGUUCACACGUGAUGCCGCCACGGUGAGCGCUUGCUAUCCUGGGCACCGUUCACAGGGACCUUGACGGGCUGGAGAAUUAAGCGCGAGGGAACGUUAGAAAAAGGAGCGCAGGCCCAACGUUGCAUUACCUGCGCCGGGGACAGGAGAACCCAAGCAAUUGCAGAGGCUGCGGGAUGGCCGGCAAGAAGGCAGCUUUGUAGAAAGGGACCUGGUGGACGGCGACGUGAACAAAUCGGCAGCGGGCCCUUGCAGCAGCGAAGGCCGGUUCUUGGCCUGUGAGGAAGAGCAUAGCCCAGCAGGUCAACUAAAGUAGGUGUUACAGUCUGCCUGGCCCCUGCGAGGCCACAUCUGAAACAUCACGGCCAGUCUGGGGGGACCCUCCACGUGAGCGAAAUGUAAAGAAACUAGGCAGGGGCCACUACGAGGCUGGAAGCCACGAUGUACGAGGAGAGGCUGUGGGAACUGGGCUUGUUCAGCCAGGAGACGAGAAGGCAAAGUGGGAUCCAACGGCAUCUUCCACCGCUAAAGCAGUUAGAGAAGACAUAGCCAGAUUUUGCUCAGAAGUGCACAGCGAAUGUGCAAGUUGCAAGAGCCCAAGCUGCGACAAAGGACAUUCCGGUUGGAUUAGGAAAAGAUGUUUCCCUGUGUGGAUGCAAUCUCCGUCUUUGGAGAUAUUAAAACUUGGAUUGGACAAGGCCCUGGGCAACCUGCUUUCAUUUGACUUUGUUUUGGGUGGAGAGUUGGACCAAGACUUGCGGAGGUUCCUUUCAGCCUAAAUGGUUCUGUGAUUUUGUUUUUUACCAUGAAAGCAGUGCAAACCGAAACUGUGUCUAGAUGCUUGGCGUUCUGCAUAUGUAUGGCUUGAAACAUUAAACUGCUUUGCAUGAUGCCUCACUCUGUUUCCUCUGCAGCCAUCAUUUAAGUAACUUUGCGGAAUUCAGUUCGUCUGUUAAUGAAACGAGUAGUAGAAUAUAAAGACACAUAAGCUCGGAAAACUGCUUGCAGAUAACUUCAGAGGCAGCAGCACAGAUGGGCUGCUGAAGCCAGUAAUUCCAGCUGUGUCUGCACGAAUCAAAGGUUCUUAUGAAGACGCAGCUUUUGUAACUUUUCCACCACUGUGACUUCCAGGAUGAAAUUUCUCUCUGCUGGUAUACCUGCACUUAAGUUAGCAUUUGUGCCAUUACAGUUAGACCAGACAGGAUGACAAAGUUUUUUGUUUUGUUUACUUUCUUGUCUUCAAACAAAGAAACGUGUGUUUCUUUGUUCCAGUCAAAUGUUUUAGCAAACCUUGUAGGCUUAUAAAGCAUAUAGGAAAUGUUACUUGUAUGUGUACGCUUUCAUGUUUAACAGUAUAAUCAUGACGUAUUGCCUUUGUUUCUGCAUCCUGUGGAGUUCAUAACCUUAGGUGGAAGUAUGAGCGAGUUCCGCAUACACCACGAUGUCAAUGAGUUGUUAAGCCUGCUACGUGUUCAUGGAGGCGAAGGAGCCGAAGUAUACAUAGAUCUUCUGCAGAAGAAUCGAACACCUUAUGUUACCACAACUGUCUCCACACACAGUGCUAAGGUAAAAAUAGCAGAAUUUUCUCGAACUCCUGAAGAUUUUUUAAAGAAGUACGAUGAGCUGAAGUCUAAAAAUACAAGACAUCUAGAUUCCUUGGUAUAUCUACUGUCAAAGCUCACAGAAGACAAAGAGACACUCCAGUACUUGCAACAGAAUGCUAAAGAAAGGGCAGAACUUGCAGCAAAUGCAGCAGUCAGUGGUAGCACAAAUUUUUCCAUUCCCUCAUCUACUUCCAAGAUAUCCCUGCAGGAGCUUGAGGAGCUACGCAAGCAGCUAGGCAGCGUCACAGCCAGCUCCAGUGUACAGCAGCCUCUUGAGGUUACACGAAAAAUGCUCCGAGAUAAACAAAACAAGAAGAAUUCUGGUCAGCCCAUUCCAGUAUUUCCAUCCUGGGUGUAUGAGAGACCUGCACUUAUUGGUGAUUUCCUAAUUGGCACCAGUUUAAGCACUGACACAACGGUACCUAUAGGUACUUUACCGUUAGCAUCCCAAGAAUCCAUGAUUGUGGAGGACUUGCUAUACGUUUUGAUUGGUGUGGAUGGAAGAUACAUCACAGCACAGCCUCUCAUAGGCAGGCAGAACCGAGCAUUUUUAGUCGAUCCGAACUUGGACUUGUCCAUCAAAGAGCUGGUGACCAGGAUUCUUCCUGUAGCAGCAAGUUACUCUGCUGUCACCAGGUUUGUAGAGGAAAAGUCUUCCUUUGAGUAUGGACAGGUAAAUCACGCUUUGGCUGCGGCUAUGCGGACCCUAAUCAAAGAAUACAUGAUACUUAUUACCCAGCUGGAACAUCUUCAGAGACAGGGUCUUCUGUCACUGCAGAAACUCUGGUUUUAUAUCCAACCCACAAUGAGGACCCUGGAGAUUCUUGCCUCACUUGCUACUUCUGUGGAUAAAGGUGAGUGUAUGGGAGGAUCAACUCUGAGCUUACUCCAUGACAAGACUUUCAAUUACACGGGAGACAGCCAGGCCCAGGAGCUGUGUCUGUACUUAACCAAGGCAGCCAGCGUGCCUUAUUUUGAAAUUUUGGAAAAGUGGAUAUAUCGAGGCAUCAUUAAUGAUCCAUACAGUGAGUUCAUGGUGGAAGAACAUGAGUUGCAGAAAGAGAAGAUUCAGGAAGACUAUAAUGACAAGUAUUGGGAUCAAAGAUAUACUGUUGUUCAGCAACAGAUUCCCUCAUUCUUGCAGAAGAUGGCGGACAAAAUCCUAAGCACAGGGAAAUAUUUAAAUGUUGUGCGAGAAUGUGGACGUGAUGUUACCUGCCCUGUGGCUAAAGAGGUCAUCUAUACUUUAAAAGAGAGAGCGUAUGUGGAACAAAUAGAAAAAGCAUAUAACUAUGCUAGCAAAGUUCUUCUGGAUUUCCUAAUGGAGGAGAAAGAGCUGGUGGCUCACCUGAGAUCUAUAAAGCACUAUUUCCUGAUGGAUCAAGGGGACUUUUUUGUUCACUUCAUGGAUCUCACAGAAGAGGAACUUAAGAAGCCCGUAGACGACAUUAUACCUACUAGGCUAGAGGCUUUGCUUGAAUUAGCCCUGCGAAUGAGCACAGCCAACACAGAUCCUUUCAAGGACGAUUUAAAGAUUGACUUGAUGCCCCAUGACCUCAUUACGCAGCUCUUGCGAGUUCUGGCCAUUGAAACGAAACAGGAGAAGGCCAUUAUUAGUGCAGAUCCCACAGAGCUCACUCUCAGUGGUCUGGAAGCAUUUUCCUUUGACUACAUUGUUAAGUGGCCUCUGUCCCUUAUUAUAAACAGGAAAGCACUAACAAGAUACCAGAUGCUUUUCAGACACAUGUUCUAUUGCAAACAUGUGGAAAGACAGUUAUGCAAUGUUUGGAUCAGCAAUAAGACUGCCAAGCAAUUCUCCCUGCAUUCAGCUAAGUGGUUUGCUGGUGCUUUCACACUGCGGCAGCGGAUGCUGAAUUUUGUACAGAAUAUUCAGUAUUACAUGAUGUUUGAAGUGAUGGAGCCAACAUGGCACAUUCUUGAGAAGAACCUGAAAUUGGCUUCUAAUAUUGAUGAUGUCUUGAGCCACCACACAAGCUUCCUGGAUAACUGCCUGAAGGACUGCAUGCUAACCAACCCAGAGCUGCUGAAGAUCUUCUCCAAGCUGAUGUCUGUCUGUGUCAUGUUCACAAACUGUAUGCAGAGGUUCACCCAGAGCAUGAAGCUGGAUAAUGAAAUGGACCGGCUCACCUUAGAGCAUGGCACAAUGCUGGGCCCACCGACAGAGGAGGAGCGUGCUGAAGAGACUGCAAAGAAGAAGCUGACUAGCAAGCUUUUAGCAGAGCAUGCCGACAACCUCCACCUGACGUCUGGCUUUGAGGCAACUAUCAACAAAUUUGAUAGCAAUUUCUCAACGCACCUCCUGGACCUGUUGGACAAACUGAGUGUUUACAGCACUAACGACUGUGAGCACAGCAUGCUCAACAUCAUCUACAGGUUGGACUUCAAUGGAUUCUACACGGAGCGUUUGGAGCACAUGUCUGCAGAACGGAGCCAGAAAGCAGCUCCCCUACUUCCCCAUGUGGUUUUACCUGCCCAAUGAAGCCCUGCUGUUGCCUGUUUUAGCUGCUGUCUCUUCUGCACCAGCAGAGAACGGGAAGUUCACUUAGUUCUAGCUAGCAGUACUCAGCCCUUUACAUUCACCGUGCAAGCUGAAAGCAAACCAUCAGGGUCUCCCAGAGGGACAGGGGAAUAUUUAAUCUCCUGAAGUGUAUGUAAUGGAGUUUCUCUUCUGAGAGACUUUUGUUAAGUCCUUUUUUUACUGCAUUGUAAAAUGAUGUAUUUGUGUGUUGUAAAAUUAAAAAAAAAAUCAGGUUUA